GACGGUACGAUAAAGUUAUAAACAAUAAUAACAAUGGCUUCUGGGUCGCCGUCGUCCUCUCCGGACACUGCGACGGGCUCAGGUACAGACCCAGCCCGGCCCGACACAGGAGAGCCCCUCGGUGGAGCAGGCUCGGACUCAGACUCGGACCUGGGCUUGGGUAAAUUUGAUUGCAGCGCCAUGGAAAUGGGGGACCGGCUGGAGGGAGACGAGCUGGAGCGGGAGUUUGAGUCUGCAGCCGACCGAGUACGAGAUCUGGUUCAGACGGCCAGCAGGGACCAGCUGCUGUACCUGUAUGCCCGCUAUAAACAGGCCAAAGUGGGGAAGUGCAAUACACCAAAGCCUGGCUUCUUUGACUUUGAAGGACAGAGAAAAUGGCAAGCCUGGAAGCAGCUUGGAGACAUGGACGCAGAGCAGGCAAUGCAGGAGUACAUUUCCUGUGUCAAUGUGUUAGACCCUGAAGGCUGCACGAAGGAAAGACGAGGAGCAGAAAGAAGAACGGGCUUUGGAGGAGCAGCAGUGAGCUCUUUGUACCAGGAGGAGAUGAUCAGGGAAGAGGAUAAGAACAUCUUUGACUACUGCAGAGAAAAUAACAUCGACCACAUCAGCAAUGCCAUCAGCUCCCAGAAGGUGGAUGUCAAUACUAAAGACGAAGAGGGUCGGGCUCUCCUGCACUGGGCCUGUGACAGAGGACACAAGGAGCUGGUGUCGGUACUACUGCAGCACAAAGCAGACAUCAACAGUCAGGAUAAUGAAGGACAGACAGCACUACAUUAUGCAUCGGCAUGCGAGUUUGCCGACAUCGUGGAGCUCCUGCUGAACGCCGGAGCCGACCCAUCCAUCAAAGACAUGGAGGGCUCUCUCCCUGAGGAGGUCACUGAAUCCAGUGCCAUCUCCUCUCUCCUGCGUCAAUACACUGCACCGAAAGGCUAGAUCACAACCACCUACUACCACCACCCAGUCCCCGCCCCUGUCCUUGUCUCACUCUGUUCAUCCUCAGCAGGAUUGCAAAGGUUUUAUUUGACUUUAUUUUCGAAUACUUGAGGUGAGUUUGAUUUCGUUGCCUUAGCUCUAUGAAACUACAGGGUGUAAACAUUGGCCCUUUCAUUUGAUAAGACAUGAAAUGAAGCACACCGCAUGUAUUUCCAUUGAUCUAAAUUGUAUUUUGACUUAUGCCCAGUCAGGUUGGGAGUUUUUGCUGAGGUAGCUGUACUUUAAAUAUCUCCCCUGAGCAGGACUGCUUAUUGGCAAUACUGGAAUGACUGGAUUUGUGCAUCAAUGUGAUGAAAUAUCUGGAUUUGUAGGUAUUUAAGUCACUGGAAACAGACAUUCCUGACCACUUAUUUUAUCUCUAAAUGAUAUAAGACCUCUGAAAAGUCAUAUCACAGUAUAUAUAUCGUUAGCCUGAAUGACAUACCCAUUUGGAAGAUUUUAUACAUAUCACCCAUUCCUACUUCUCAGGUCUGACAACCAGCCAGGCCUUUUAGUCUGGGUCAGCCCUCUGACCAUUUAUUCAUGAUUCAGUUGUGUUACGUUCAAGGAAUGCUUUAAUCAUUUGUCAUUUAUCGCAUUAAAGUAUUCAACAAA